AUGGGGCAAGAAGAACCUCAGAAUAAACUAGGAGGCCAACAUUACCAGCUGAUCCCGUGGGCUGUUGCUGUUUUUUUCAUCUCACUUCUCAGUGCUUGUUUUAUUGCAAACUGUUUGGUAACUCAUCGCAACUUUCUACGCUGCAGGAGAGAUACAAGAGUGUUCAAGUUACCAGAGUACCACACGAAGCUGACAUGCACCAGAGAGAAAUCAAAAUUGAAAGGGAGCACCUGGAAUUGCUGUCCUUUUGGCUGGAGAGCCUUCCAGUCCAACUGCUAUUUUUCUCUUACUGACAACAAGACAUGGGCCGAGAGCAAAAGGAACUGCACGAGCAUGGGGGCUCAUCUGGCCACCAUCAGCACAGAAGCUGAGUUGAAUUUUAUUAUUCAAUUUUUGGAUCGACGAUUUUCCUAUUUCCUGGGACUUGAGAACCAUGAAGGCCGGUGGUCCUUGGUGGACAAAACACCAUUUAACCCACAUAAUUUAUUAUGGCAUGAGGGUGAACCGAACAAUCGGGAAGAAAAUUGUGUUGUCCUUGUUAAUGUUCAAGACAAAUGGGCCUGGAAUGAUUUUCCUUGUAACUUUGAGACAAAAAGGAUUUGUAAAUUACCUGGAACAGCAUUCAACUAG